AAUAACGCAAGCUGUAUGUUUCCCCUGGCAGUAGUAUUUGUUGCACGUAAUUUUUUUCUCCUACAAGGUUAUGCUCGUUGGUGGACGCACAGGCUGCGCAUUAUAUGUACCUGCACACGCGCAUAGAAAUACCCCUUUUGCAAUCACGUGCAUAGGCCCGUUGCGAACGCGUUCGUGGGGUUCAGUUUGUGUUCCUUGGCACCUUUUGAAUUUGCCUUUGCGCUAACUCCAACCGGUGGUUACCAUACCGAUAUUUCGUAUAACCCUUUUUGAAUAACCUUAACGAGACAAAAAAAAAGGAGAAAAAGUAGACGGAGGAGACACAAUGGCUGGCUCAGCGAGCGAAAUAAGUGAAUCGCUAAACGCCUGGAUGAACAGCAACUCGUCCAUAGAGUCUUACGUCCUGAUCAAUUCUGACGGCAUCCCGCUAAAAUACAACGAAGACGUGAGCUACGAACACGCAGUUAAGCAGGCCUCCCUGUUCUCAGACUUGCUAACAAAAACAAAAAGAUGCGUUAAGGAAUUGCUUCCUCAAGAGAACGAAUUCAACAGUAACUUACGAAUUCGAACGAAAAAAGAAACUGAAUACAUCAUAUGCAACCAUGGGGACUACUCGCUCAUAACAAAACAAAAUUGCAAGGACACGCAAACGAAUAAAAAUAAAUGAAUGUGUGGAAGGCACUCCGAAGGAGCGUCCCUGCGUUUAGGGGCGGCGUCUCCCCCAGUCGGCACAACGCAAGGGGGAUACACAAAGGGUAAACACGAAGAGGGUAAAAACACAGAGGAAUGUCCUAAUAUGUGGAUGCACACGCCCCACCGCGCUCAGUUAGCUCCACGGACGAACCACCACCUCUGCAAAAGCAGAA